CUGCGCCUCGGUCGCCACGGUAACGCACCGGGGGCAGCGGCCUAGCCAUGAGCGUGCGGGUGGCGCGGGCUGCGUGGGCCCGGGACUGGGGCGCGGGUUGCCGCCGGGGCGCUUCGAACUUCCCGCUGCCUCCGCCGGGCGCCGUGAACGUGGCGGAGCUGCUGCGAGACGCCACGGCCGCGGAGGAAGGGCCCCGGGAGGCGGCGGCGCGGCGGCGGCCGCCGGGCCAGUGCUCGGUGCUGCUCUUCCCGGGCCAGGGUAGCCAGGUGGUGGGCAUGGGCCGGGGGCUGCUCGGCUACCCGCGCGUCCGCGAGCUCUACGCCGCCGCCCGCAGCGUGCUGGGCUACGACCUGCUGGAGCUGAGCCUGCACGGGCCGCAGGAGGCCCUGGACCGCACCGUGCACUGCCAGCCCGCUGUCUUCGUGGCUUCGCUGGCCGCCGUCGAGAAACUGCAUCACCUGCAGCCCGCGGUUAUUGAGAACUGUGUUGCUGCUGCCGGAUUCAGUGUGGGAGAAUUUGCAGCCCUAGUGUUUGCCGGAGCCAUGGAAUUUUCUGAAGGUUUGCAUGCGGUGAAAAUCCGAGCUGAGGCCAUGCAGGAAGCCUCGGAAGCUGUCCCCAGUGGGAUGCUGUCUGUCCUUGGCCAGCCUCAGUCCAAGUUCACCUUCGCCUGUUUGGAAGCCCGGGAGCACUGCAAGACUUUGGGCAUAGAGAACCCCGUGUGUGAGGUGGCCAGCUACCUCUUUCCUGAUUGCAGGGUGAUCUCAGGACACCUGGAGGCCCUGCGGUUCCUCCGGAAGAAUUCCUCCAAGUAUCACUUCAGACGCACCAAGAUGCUGCCGGUUAGCGGUGGGUUCCACACCCGCCUCAUGGAGCCGGCCCUGGAGCCCCUGGCCCAAGUUUUAAAGUCGGUUGCUGUGAAGGAGCCUCUGGUUUCCGUCCACUCAAACGUCGAUGGGAACAGAUACAGGCACCCGAAACACAUCCGGAAACUGCUGGUGCAGCAGGUGGUCUCCCCGGUGAAGUGGGAGCAGACGAUGCACGCCGUCUACGGGAGGAGAAAGGGCACGGGGUUCCCCAAGACUUUUGAAGUAGGACCGGGCAAGCAGCUGGGGAGCAUCCUGAAGAGCUGCAACCUGCAGGCCUGGAGGUCCUACGGGCACGUGGAGGUUCUGGAGGACCCGGAGGACGACGGGACCUAGCCCCGGCCCUGCAGGAGGGAGGGAGGAGGGGGCCCCAGGAGGGGCUGCGGGGGUGGGGGGGGCCGGACCGGCCUUUCUGUAGGCUUCCUCCUCCCGGAGCGGAGCGACGGGGAGGCGUGGUCUGCAAAGUGCUUUGAGCGCCGCAUAAAAAGCGCUGAAAGUAUGUCUCCA